AUGACCAGCUCCCAAUUCCGAACCGGUCUCUCUCUCUUACGUUCACCCGCUGUCUCUCAUCCCGGCGCUCCCAAACGCCGUCGUCUGUCUCGAUCCAUGGAAUUCCAGCCAUACCGUCACCCCAAAAACCUAAGCUUUCCUCUGGACAUCAUUUCAUCUUCAGCAACUUCCAGCUACUCCGUCCGUUUCUUCCGGAUAAAUUCAGGGCCUCACGUUCUCCUCAGGCUACAGCUCACCUCCCUUUCUGCGUUCAAUUCGGUCGGGACCUCGCCAAGACAAACCGUCAUACCGUUCACUACCACCCAGCCGUCCGACAUACGAAAUCCCCGACCUCAACGCAUGCAACUCGCGCUCCAGAACACGCCCCGCACCUCCUCCAACUGUGCCUCCUCCCGCGUAAACCCCACCCUCUUCGCCGCGCCUACCUCAAUUUCGUAUCCUCCCGACCAGUAUUCCGUCCUCGAAUCCUCUUCGACGUCCGUUUAUCCCCCACUUCUCGCCAUCUCGUCUACCCCGCCGUAG